AACCGUCUCGAAUCUCCAUUAACGCGAAGGUUAAUCGAGCGGAGGAGCAGGAUGGACAGCCCCCUCCCGCAGCCGCGCAGGGCCGCCGUCCUGAUCGCCGCCUGCGCGCUGAUCCUCCUCGCCACGGCCCUCCUCCUCCCGCGCGCUCCCCUCGCCCCGCCGCUGACCCCGGCCAUCCGCCUCGACCCGCGGGUCGUGCGCAGGAGCGGCAACGAGGUGCUGUGGCAGCUGCCACCGGGCCCGCCGCGCGCCGCCGUGUUCGUCGCUCCCGGAUGCACCAUCCGCGCCACCGACUUCUUCGACGCCUCCCCUGGCUGCCCGCGCUGCGCGGGGCUCCCCGAGGAGCGCCGGUUCACGCGCGAGGCGCUCCGCCGAGGCUACGCCGUCCUCGCCGUGUCCAGCCGCGCCGAGUGCUGGUCCCUCGACGCCGCCUCCGGCGACGGCAGUGAGCUCGCCGCCGUCGGCUCCAUCAUCGAAUGGUGGGCCAAGGAGGAGCACCCCGAGCUAAGCGGCCUCCCGCUCGUCGGCAUCGGCGCGUCCUCGGGCGGGUACUUCGUCUCCGCGCUGGCGGCGAGGGUCAGGUUCAGCAGCGUGGCCAUCAUGAUUGCCGAGGGCGUGUUUGCCGCCAUGGAGGAAAUCCCGCCCGGCUACCCGCCGGCGCUGUUCGUGCACAUGCCCAAGGACGCCGAGAGGGCGCAGAUGGUGGCGGCAAGCAUAGACAGGCUCAAGUCAAAGCACGUUGAUGUGCGGGAGAUCCAGUGCAACGCAUUUGCCGUGAGUGCCGAAUUCUUGGCAGCGAGGAUCCCGGGGUUGACCCCGACCGUCGCCGAUGGCCUUGUGGACAUGCUUCGCCAGAAGUCGUUCUUGGAUGAGAAGGGCUUUCUGAAGAACGAUGGAAGGAGCACACCUUGGAAGGCCGCGGCGGAGGAAGCGAAGGUCUUGCCGGAGGGGUUCCGGCUAGAGAGGCAUGUGACGGAGGAGUUGAAUAUUGCAUAUGCAUACCAUGAAUUUACCAGCCUGGAGAAUGGAGAGAUCUUCAAAUGGUUCGAUUCCCAUAUGGAUCACAAGAUUUGAAGGCGCGCCAUUUCUAGAUGGCCAGCUUGAUGUCGGAUUCAUGGAGUAUUGCUGGUUUUGAGAGGAUGCACCAUUAUGAUUCAUCGGAGGUGGAAAGAAAGCAGUAUAUUCUCUAAGGUUUAUCCUCAAAGCUUGUAGUUUAACAUACCCACUUAUGGAAUACGGUUUCUCAUAGGGUCAUGUUUUCCUUUGCCAUUGUGUUUACUGCCUUAUUCGUGUCACAAGCAAAUGGGUGAACUGCCCUCGUUGUUGUUACUGUUGUAACUCAUCCCACAGAAAUGCGUUAACGCUGUAGUAAACGAUAGUAUAACUUUUGAUAAA